AUGGAGGAAGAGGCUAAGGAUUCUGAGGAAGAGCGCGUAGAUUCUAAGCUGGGAAAAUCAGCGGGGAGAAAUCUAAAACAAAGCCCUCUUAGUUCAAAAUUUGGUACAGCUGCAACUCAUGGAUCUUCGAGAUCAGUAACAGAGGCAUCAAACGCCUUACCAGAUCUUACUGGUCCACGGGUUUUGCCAAAUAUCAAUAAUGGUGAAGACUCUUCGGCCACUACAGGAAACAAGAACAAAUCUUAUCAAGAACGGAGCUUUCCUAAUGUUCAUGACCCAACGAUAAGCGAUCAGACUCCUAAUAUUUCUAGAUAUUCUACAUUACGUCAAUCAUCUGACAAAUAUAUGAAGACAAAUGAGUCUAAGAAUGCUGAUUUUCCAAAGGCACUUGACUCCCGGGAUACUGGCAAUAUUGGAAAUUCAAAUCCAUUUGGUCAGCAAUUUGGUCUGCAUGAUAACGACAUGGAGUCUAAGAAGUUUGCAUCUGGAGUUGCACAUUCAAAUGAAAAGCCUAGCACUACAAGUUAUUUUAGGAAUAACCAAAGGGAAUUUUCUCUCUCGAGGAUCUUAGACGAAAGCUCAGGCAGAGAAAACAAAUGUGAAAACAGUAAGGCUGACGGGGCAAGUGAGCUUAUCAAAUCUACCAGGGUUGAAAAUUCUGGGAGACGAAAUGAUUUUACUGAAGAGGAUGAACCAAGUAGUAUAUUGCCUCAAAAGAGGGCAAAUGAAUCUUCUUUUACAAAAUUAAAAUCAAGAAAGGUGCCUUCUAAUUCAAAAAUCUUCAUCCAAUCAGCAAAUGGUAAAUCUCAAGGAUUAAAAGUGACAUCUCAGGUUGAUGAGCCACCCAAAGCUGAUGACUAUUUUUCUAAAGGCAAAGAUGGCAUAAAUAACUCAAACACUUGCUUAGUUUUGGAACCUGUUGGUUCUACCUCUAAUUCACUGGCAUUUGAUGAGCCUUUCUCCAGAAAUGCUACCCCAGAAUCUGCUCAGUGUGAUAAUGUCUGUCAGAAUUGUCCACAAACGGCAGUUCAGAACUUAAGUGAGCCUAAAAUCAAUGGCAAGCCUGAUGUCACAAGCUCUGGAUUGCGACAAGUUAACGGUAAUGAAGCAGGGAAACAUAAUGUCAUUAUAAAUAAUGGGUGUUCAUCACUGGGAAACAAAAGCUCAAAUAAUGUGGAAUCCGCUGGUUGUACUAACUUGGCUUUAAGCAAUGAAGAAUGUAAUAAGCUGGUUAGGAAAUCUCCCCGAAAGAAAUCAGUUGCCAUGAGAAAUUCAGGUUCUAAACCUAAAGUAGGUGCCAUUGCUAGAAAUAAAACAUCGCUUUGCUUGAAUAAAACUACCCUGCAAGGUGAAGGUGUAACUCUAUCCAGUGGAAGCAGAGAGAUUGGUGAUGCAAAGAUUCAUCAGGGAUGUCCCCAAAUCCGUAAUAUUAAGAAAACAAUGGAGAAAGAAGCAGUUCGUAAAAAUACAGUUGAUCCCUGUGACAGAGCUGAGUUUUUGGAGGAUGAAACCGAGGCUCCAGAUGAUAAAUGUAAAUUUGAGUUUGGAAUGGCACUAAAUGAAGAAUCAGUUCAUCUUUUGGAAAAGCCGAAUAGAGCAAAAGAAGAGAAGUCAGAAGCAAUUUGCCCUGCAACAAAAGUUGAAGAGGCAAUGCCUCCUAAGAAAGGCACACAUAAAACAGAAAAUCAGAAAACGGCUUCACUAGUAGUAAAGUACCAAACAAGGAAACGUGCUGCCGGUAAAGCCAAGGCCACUGUUAGUAAAUACGCAGAAGAUGUUGGUGACAGAACUGAGUUUUUGGAUGAUGAAGCCGAAGCUCCAGAUGACAAACGUGAAAAUAAGUUAGGAAUGGCACCUGAAGAAGUGGUUCGUCCUUUAAAAAAGCCAGAUAAAUCAACAGAAGAGAAGGCAGAAGCAAUUUGCCCUGCGACCAAAUGUGAAGAGGCAAUACCUCCUAAAAAAGGCACAAAUGAAACAGAAAAACAGAAGCCAUCUUCACUGGUAGUAAAGCAUCAAGCAAGAAAACGUCCUGCUGGUAAAGCCAAGGCUACAGUUGCCAAGGAAUUAUUGAAAUCUAAAGUGGAAGUAUCUAGGGAGAACAUUCUUAAUGAAACGGGGGAUGAGGCAGAGAUAGAAACCAUGGAAGAAAUGUCCCUUCCUGCUGAUAAACAUAACAACUCAGCCAUUGCAAGAAAGAAGUCAGAGAACUUAGUUGAAGAAGAUAAGGAGAAUAGACCAAUUGAUGGACUGCAGGAUUUAGUGGAGGGAAGAAGCGAUGGUAAUCCAACUAAUAAAUCUAAUGUCAUGCUGGCAAAAAUCAAGUCUACUAAAGUGGGACUCAGAUCUUCUAUAUCACAAUCAAAGACGAGAGUAAAAACUGAAGCGACUUGUUUUAUAUUAAGCGGGCACCGCCUGCAGAGAAAAGAGUUUCAGCAAGUCAUCAAGCGCUUAAAAGGAAGGGUUUGCCGGGAUUCUUCUCAUCAGUGGUCAUAUCAGGCGACACACUUCAUAGCUGCAGACCCCAUACGCAGGACCGAGAAAUUUUGUGCUGCGGCUGCAUCAGGAAGGUAA